GCCAACGAACAUGAAGCGACGACUUCAUGAUCCGUAUAGAGGAGAAAAGCUUCGUAUUCAAAGCUCUUUGCAUCUACUAACUCCAUGGAGACUUCCAAAUUUACGUUUUUCACCAUCUUUCUUUUUUUCGUGUUUACUGAGAAUUUAUCAACCGCAUCGCGUACAAAGUCUCACAAGACUUGCAAUUUUCCGGCUGUUUAUAACUUUGGAGAUUCAAACUCAGACACCGGAGCAAUCUCUGCGGCUAUCGGAGAAGUUCCUCCACCAAACGGAGUUGCCUUCUUUGGAAGAUCUGCCGGUAGACAUUCCGAUGGCCGUCUCAUCCUAGAUUUCAUUACUGAGAAUCUGACGUUGCCGUAUCUAACACCGUACUUGGAUUCGGUUGGAGCUAAUUAUCGUCAUGGCGCUAAUUUUGCGACUGGCGGCUCUUGCAUCCGCCCGACCGUUGCUUGUUUUAGCCAGUUCCAUCUUGGGACUCAAGUGAACCAAUUCAUUCACUUCAAGACUCGUACCUUGUCUCUCUACAACCAAACCAACGGAAAAACUCAAUUCUGCAAAGAAGUCCUCGCGCGGCCUAAAGAUUUCUCAAAUGCUCUUUAUACAUUCGACAUCGGUCAGAACGAUCUCGCGAUUGGGUUCCAGAACAUGACAGAGGAACAACUCAAAGCAACUAUACCCGGAAUCAUCGAAAACUUCACUAUUGCUAUUAAAUUGCUGUACAAAGAAGGAGCAAGAUUCUUCUUAAUUCAUAACACCGGACCGACAGGCUGUUUGCCGUACAUUCUGAAAUCUUUUCCGGCUACACCACGAGACCGGUACGGUUGUUUGUUGCCUCUGAACAAUGUGGCAAUGGAGUUCAACAAGCAACUCAAGAACAAAAUCUCUCAACUAAACAAAGAGUUACCUUCUUCUCUCUUUACUUAUGUUGAUGUCUACUCAGCUAAAUACAAUUUGAUCACCAGAGCAAAGAAUCUCGGUUUUGUGGAUCCUUUUGAUUAUUGUUGCGUUGGAGCGGUCGGACGUGGAAUGGGAUGCGGAAAGACAAUAUUUCCAAAUGGCACAGAACUUUAUAGUUCUUCAUGCAAAAACCCCACAAAUUUCAUAAGUUGGGAUGGCAUACAUUACUCCGAAACCGCGAAUAUGCUAGUCGCAAACCGGAUCCUCGAUGGGUCGAUAUCAAAUCCGCCACUCCCAAUCCAGAAAGCUUGCAAGCUGACGAAAAAUUAAGUUGUCAAAAUAUGAAUUAAUCAACGUCACUAGCAUACAAUAGUUCUGUCCUUUCAUAUAAUUAACAAAAAAUUGAUUUCAGAACUUAUUAUGUAACGGCCCAAACCAAUUUAUUAGUGACUUGUAUGGUAGUAAAUUUUAAUUUUAAUUUACUAGUUUCGGUAAUUGUCGCUUGAUGAACAACAUAAUAUUAAACAAAAAGGAGCAGCAGUUCUUAUUUCUC